UGUGAAUGCAUAACACAUAAAGGAAUGAAACAACAAAAAACUCUCUUACAGCUCAUCUUCUAUGAAGACAAGAACUUUCAGGGCCGCUCCUAUGAGUGCACUAGUGACUGUGCUGACCUGCACUCUCAUUUCAGUCGCUGUAACUCUAUUCAGGUUGAAAGUGGAAACUGGAUGGUAUACGAGCGGCCACACUUUAUGGGUUACCAGUACUUUCUGCACCAAGGCGAAUAUGCUGACUACCAAAGGUGGAUGGGUUUCAAUGACUGUAUCAGGUCCUGUCGAAUGAUACCCCAACACCAGGGAUCCUACAAAAUGUUGAUCUAUGAACAUCCAGACUUUGGUGGUCAGAUAAUGGAGUUCACUGACGACUGUCCAUCACUUUAUGAACAAUUCCAUUAUAAUGAUAUCCAUUCUUGCAAUGUUCAAGAUGGAUACUGGAUCUUCUACGAGCACCCUAAUUACAGAGGCAGACAAUACCUCAUGAGACCUGGCGAAUACAGGAGGUACAGCGACUGGGGUGCCAUGAGCUCAAUAGUUGGUUCUAUCAGACGUAUUACCUUCUGAAACUGAAAAGCAAGAAAUAGAUCUGGAAUGAAAGAAACUAUGCAAUGAACCAUAUUCUGACAUUACUUUUG